AUGGAUCCAUCGCCUUUGGCCCGACGUCGAGACCGUCGGGCUGCCCCCCGCAGCUGGACCACCACGGCAUGCGCUCGCUGCCAAAAAAGAAAGAUUCGGUGCGAUGGGGUUGUUCCUGUCUGUGGCGGUUGCCAACGGGCCCGUGUGGACUGCACUGAGGGUCAUGUGGAAGAGCUAGAAAUACGCAUUGAAUGGCUGGAGUCAAUCAUACAGGAGCACCUGCCACAUAUUGACCUCAGCAAGUUUGACUCUGGUCACUUGAAUCAUCCUCGGAGCUCUGAAUACGGAGUGUCUACAAAUUCUGCUACUUUCCAGACCCCUGUUCCGCAGACUGCGCAUACUAGAGAUGGCUGGAACCCAGCUCGUGACGUAACGGACCAACUAGGUUUGGUAUCGGUCAAUGCUGGGGCAGAUCUGCGCUAUCUAGGGCCCUCUAGUGGGCUGUUCUUCACGAGAUUUGUGCUGACAGGCCUAGAGCGGCGAGCUGAGAUAGCACGAGAAUCACCCCCUGCUUCGAAGAACGAUCAAUUUGUCCCUGCGGAGCUUCUCGAUAUCCAACCGAAAGAUCUGCCAUCGGACUUAAAACAGGCGCGAUGGUUGACGCAGGCAUAUUUUCAGGCGGUCCAUUUACAGUUCCCGUUUUUUCACAGACCCACUCAUCUGGAACUUCUUCAGAAGGCUUACAGCGGCGUGGAUGUCACACCUAUUGAUCAUUUUCAGAUUUCCUGGUUUUGGCUAUCGUGCAUGCUGCUUCUACAAAUGUACACGAUCAACAACCCAACCUCGGGGAUCAGCCUUUGGACCCUCCAUUAUAACUCCCUGGCCGCCGUAAUGGAGCUCGGACUGCAUCGCAAUGUUCAGGGCUCUGCCUUCACCGAGUUCGAUCAGGAGAUGCGCACCAGGGCUUUCUGGUGCGUCGAUAUGAUGGACCGCUUCUUGAGCACCUUACUCGGCAGGUUGAUAGGUUUAAUAGACGAGCAAUGCGACUUGAGGUUACCGCGAGAAAUCAAUGAUGAAGACCUGAAGCCCAACCAGGAGAUACCGGCUCCAGCCACUGGAGCUAUAACCGAUUUGUCUAGCGCAAUCCAUCUCUUCAGGCUUGCCCGGUUCAAUGCCGAGAUCAAAUGUGUGCUAUAUUGUGUCGACCGAAAUUAUCCCCCAUACACGCAGCCUGCUAUAACGGACGUCAAGGGAUGGCAGGAAGAUAUGCUGAACCGUCUGCGCCAGUGGAAGUCGUCCAUCCCGUGCCAUCCGCCAGAUAGCUCCGCAUGCUAUCUGAAUGACCUGCUAAAAAUCAAAUACUACGAGCUCGUGAUGCUGGUCGUACGCCCGAGUCCGCUCUUCAAUCAUCCCUCCAGAAGCCUGAUUCGGCAAUGCUUCCAUUGCGCCUUGGAAUGUAUUCAGCUCUACCAUAAGCUUUACGUGAAUAGUAUGCUGCACUAUAACUGGAUGAAUGUACAGUCGUUUUUUCUAUGCGUGGUGACGAUAUUCUAUUGCGUCUGGGCACCGGACGGGGUGGGUGACGAAACCGACCUUGAUACUGUUUUACACGCACUGAAGUCCGCGUCCGACAUUCUCAGCGCCACCGGAGAGUACUGGCUCGAAGCCAAACGAAGCCGUGAUGUGUUGGAUGGCAUCGCAAGGGCUACGGUACGGCGGUUCGCGCGGAGUCUUGCGCGCGCGGGCCAGUCCUCGCCAUCACAUCCAGGGGGCGACAUCCAUCGCAGCCCUGGUGAUCAAAGGAUAGCUGGAUUGAAUAGCUUGGAUACUGGAGCGUAUGCCGCUGGUAUCGGACAGGCCGAACAGAUCUUAUUUGAUCCGUACUAUGUCCCAACGCAGCAGCCCGCUGCCACAUCCGAGCUCCUGUCGUUCUUUGCGGGGUUCCAGUCCGACACGACUUGGACUGGUGGAACCUUCCGUGGGAUCUACCGGGCGGGAUGGGAGAUAUGA